AUGUGGAUGAAUGCAGGAAGAAAGGAAUUUGUGAAGGAAAAUGCAUUAACACAGUGGGCAGUUACAGAUGUAAAUGUCCAUCCGGACUCUCGAAGGGCCGUGUUAAAAAUACUUGCGAAGGUAACUAUCUUUUACAAAGAAUUUAUUAUCUUAAUUUAAAACAACGAAAAGUUUGUUGAAAACGAGGCAGACGACGUUUUAAACUUACUGUGUGUUGUUCUAAAAUCUCUAUAAUUAACGACUUCGAGGGAAUGAUACUAUAACUAUAGUACUGAAGUCUUAACUUUAUUGAAGUGAUGAUAUCUAUGAAGCGGCAUCGAAACAAUGACACGGUGCUCUUUUCCUUCGUGUUUCGCCACUUGAUAACAAAUAAGUUGGGGGAUUUGUUUCCAUUUACAAGCACGUCAUCAAAACGUCGGAGUUCCUCAAGAACACUUUGCCCAAGAUAAAUUCCAUGCUUUAUCCAUACUAGCCAGGAAGUGUAAAUCGCCCGCCCAUUUUCGAUCUAUUGUGCUUGUGCGUGGCACCUUGGGUCAUUUGGAGGGUGAGGAGUUGGGCUUCUCUUUUCUGGUGUUCUCUUUUCUUUUCUCUACCAUAGUCGUCACCAAUAUUUCUUUUUUCGUAUAGACAUAGAUGAAUGUGCCCGGAAUAACGGUGGCUGUGAGCAUCUAUGUCGUAACACACAUGGAAGUUAUUUUUGCAAAUGUAAAAAGGGAUACGAACGUUCCUUUCUGAAUCCCAAAUAUUGUAAUGAUCGUGAUGAAUGUCAGUUUGGAGUACCGAAUUGCCAUACGUGUAUAAAUGUUCCUGGAGG